CUCUCUCUCUCUCUCUUCCUGGCGCUCAUUUCAUUCAACUUUCAACUCCUUCUCUCGAUUCUCGCGUUCCUCCGUGGCGCAUGCUCACCCUAUCCCUAACCACCACUCCCUCCACCACCACCGCCGCAUUCAUCAACAAUGACAGUAUUCUCCACCAAACAGAUUUUCCCACUAAACUACGAAACCGAAGUCUCACAGCGCCUUCUAGAAGCCUCUCACUCCGGCGAUCUGUCCUUAGCCUUUCACUGUAUCUCCGAUCCUUCUGUUGAUGUCAACUUCACCGGAGCUGUUAGUUUGAAGAGUAGAAACACUGAGUUAGUUGUGAAUUGUGAAUCGUCGAGUCGAGUUUGUGUUGAGUUUCAGGAAUUUGUUACUGAUGUUACGCCUCUUUUUCUUGCUGUUCAUGCUGGAAAUGCUUCGCUUGUUAGGAAGUUACUGAGUGUUGGAGCUGAUGUAAACCAAAAGCUCUUCAGAGGCUUUGCAACUACUGCAGCGGUGAGGGAGGGGCACCUUGAUAUUCUUGAGACCUUAAUUAAUGCAGGGGCAUCCCAGCUAGCUUGUGAAGAAGCUCUUCUGGAGGCAAGUUACCAUGGGCAAGCAGGGUGUGGGGAAUUGCUCAUGAGCUCUGAUUUUAUCCGACCGCAUAUUGCUGUACAUGCUCUUGUGGCCGCAUGCUGCAGGGGGUUUGUAGAUGUGGUUGAGACACUCAUAAAGUGUGGUGUGGAUGCAAGUGCGACGGACCGGGUGCUUUUACAGUCACUUAAGCCUUCUCUCCACACAAAUGUGGAUUGUAAUGCACUAGUUGCAGCUGUAGUUCAUAGGCAGGUCCAUGUUGUCAGUUUGCUCCUUCAGAAUGUUGCUACGACGGAUUUUGAAGUAAGGCUUGGAGCAUGGUCAUGGGAUAAUGCAACUGGCGAAGAACUUCGUGUGGGUGCUGGACUGGGAGAACCAUAUGGCAUCACCUGGUGUGCAGUUGAGUAUUUUGAAAAAAGUGGUGCUAUAUUACGCUUGCUCCUGCAACAUGUCUCAAAUAAUUGUCACUGUGGAAGAACUAUUCUACACCAUGCUAUCCUUUGUGGCAAUGUCGAGGCUGUUAGGAUACUCUUAGAAUGUGGUGCUAAUGUGGAAUCCUUAGUCAAAACAACCAGCAAGACCGAGUUCCUUCCUGUACACAUGGCAUCUCGUCUAGGCUUACCUGCAAUAACUCAAUGCCUGAUUGAUUUCGGUUGUGAUUUGAACUCUCGAACAGACUGCGGUGACACAGCUUUGAUGAUUUGUGCAAAAUAUAAACAAGAGGAGUGUCUCAAAGUACUAACAAGGGCUGGUGCUGAUUUUUGCUUGGUGAACAGUGCAGGUCAAUCUGCAAGUUCAAUUGCCGAGUCAUACAAGUGGUCCCAUGGUUUUCAACAAGCAGUGGUGGAUGUAAUUAGAAAUGGCAAGAUACCCAAAUCCAGCAAUACUUCUACUUUUUCCCCUUUGAUUUUUGUAUCUAAGGCAGGAGAUGCUGAAGCAUUGAAAACUGUCAUUGAAUCUGGAGAAUUUGAUCUUGACUAUCAAGAUGAUAGUGGUUUCUCAGCGGCUAUGCAUACAGCUGUGAAAGGUCACGUUGAGUCAUUUCGAUUGCUUGUAUAUGCUGGAGCCGAUGUGAAGUUAUGCAAUAAAUCUGGUGAAACAGCAAUAACACUAUCUGAAUUGAAUCAGAACUGUAAUUUAUUUGAAAAGGUCAUGCUUGAAUUUACACUUGAAAAGGGUAAUCAAAAUACUGGUGGCUUCUAUGCUUUACACUGUGCAGCUCGUCGUGGUGAUUUGGAUGCUGUUACAUUACUGACCAGCAAAGGUUUCGAUGUGAAUGUUCCAGAUGGGGAGGACUACACUCCACUCAUGUUAGCCGCAAGGGAAGGCCAUGCAUCGCUUUGUAAGCUUUUAAUUUCAUACGGUGCUCAUUGUAAUGCUAAAAAUGCAAGAGGUGAAACUGCACUUCUACUCGCAAGGAAAUUCGCAGGAGGGAAAAACGACGCAGAGGGCGUUAUACUAGAUGAACUUGCCCGUAAACUGGUACUAGGCGGUGCCUAUGUUCAGAAGCACACAAAAUGUGGGAAGGGCAACCCACAUGUGAAACAAUUACGUAUGUUGCGUUCUUCAGGUGUGCUUUGUUGGGGUCAGUCUAGCAGGAGAAACGUGCUGUGCCGCGAGGCAUUGUUAGGGCCAAGCUCAACAUUGCGUAGAAAUAGGCACAACACAGGUGAUGCAGAAGAACCUGGAAUGUUCAGGGUGCUUACUAAUAAGAAUAGGGAGGUGCAUUUCGUAUGUGAGGGGGGGUCAGAAGCUGCUAAGCUUUGGGUGAGGGGUAUUAAACUUGUAACGAGAGGUGUAUAAGUAGUAACAUCAUCAGUGUCGAUAGUAGUAGGAUGUAUAUAGGUGUUUCCUGUUUGGGGUAAUACUUCAUCUCGAAGUAUUUUAGCUGCUUUUUUUGUAUUGUAAGGAUUUUGAUCUCUACAUGUUUUUGUACAUCCGGGGUUUAUCUCUCAUAGAAAGUGGAUGUAAUUUGGUCCUUUUAAUAUUUUUGAGAGAAAUUUGGUCCUUUUAA